AUGGCCCCCGUGUCGCCAGCCAAGGACGCGAGCAAGCCCAAGAAGAAGGCGACGACCAUCUCCAAGUCGAUCGCGCGCGGCCUCGACACGACGUCCGAGCCGCGCACGUGGGUGCAGACGCUGCACGAGGCGAUCGAGGACAUCUCGAGCUUUCUCGGACCAGGGAUGCAAAGGGAGCUCCACGUGCUCAUGCGUGGCAGCGACAAGGAGGUCUUUCCACAAGGAUGA